AUAUUUCUGUGAUACUAUAACCAAAAGGCACAGCUCUUUUGUUGGGAAACCAUGGGAAGAUCACCUUGCUGUGAUAAAAAUGGGCUCAAGAAAGGGCCAUGGACGCCGGAGGAAGAUCACAAGUUGAUUGAUUACAUUCAAAAACAUGGGUAUGGAAAUUGGAGGACACUCCCAAAGAAUGCCGGUCUUCAAAGAUGUGGGAAGAGUUGCCGCCUUCGAUGGACCAAUUACUUGAGGCCUGAUAUCAAGAGAGGGAAAUUUUCUUUCGAAGAAGAAGAAAUAAUAAUUCAGCUGCACAGUAUGUUGGGCAAUAAGUGGUCUGUUAUAGCUGCUCGGUUGCCCGGAAGAACAGACAAUGAAAUAAAAAACUAUUGGAACACUCACAUUAGAAAGAGGCUUCUCCGAAUGGGGAUCGAUCCGGUCACUCAUAGUCCUCGACUGGAUCUCCUUAAUCUCUCCUCGAUUCUAAGCUCAUCUCUAUACAACCAAUCCCAAAUUAACAUUUCAAGGUUACUAGGAGUCAAUUCAUUGGUCAACCCUGAGCUUCUGAAGCUCGCCACUUCUUUCAUGUCAUCUCGACGUCAAAACCAGAACCAGAACUUCCUUCUUACCAAUGUUGAUGAAAACCAGCUCUGCAGCUCUCAUGUCCAAAACCAAUACCAACAAUUAAUGCAAUCGAGCCAUGAUCUACCAACGCAAGUCCAACAACUCCCAGCCUGCAGCUCGUUGAAUACUAGUCCUUGUAGUAUUACAUUUUCCAAUGAAGCUGAACUCAUGAAUAUGGACCAAUUCCCAUCAAAUUUCUCGGACUUUAGUGACUGGCAAGGCGAUGCGUUACCUUCAAAUUUAACGGAAGAUUACGUGCCGGUACCGCCAAACUAUGACUAUUACGGCUUUGAUCAACAUAGUCAAACCGUCAUGGAUCCUUCAUUAUCCGAUACCUCAAAUUUCCAAUCAAACAAUAGCAACCCAAGUUUCGGUUUCACCGCGUCAGUUUUGUCGACGCCUUCUUCAAGUCCAACUCCGUUGAAUUCGAAUUCGACACAUCAACGGUAGCAGCAACGAAGACGAAAGAGAUAGCUAUUGCAGCAACCUUUUGAAGUUUGAAAUUCCAGACCUCUUUGAUGUUAAUGAUUUCAUGUAGGUCCAUAAUCAAAACUCAAAAAAGGAGUUUCCCUUUGUGUCAUUUUUUUCUGGAUUUAGUUGAGGUCACGAUACUUGUAAAAUUUUCUACUAAUAAUUAAUUUUGUAGCAUUUUCAUUAAGCUUGCUGUAUCAGGGAACAA